UAUUUCCAUCCAUCGUCGCUGCCUCCGGGGGUCCCGGACGAUGAUGGAUAUUAUUGUGAAACGUUGAGAUUCUGAUGAUUAUUUUGCCUCCACAGGCGAUGGAUGCUCGAAAAGAUGUUGCCGAGAAAAAGGUAUACGGCAGCAUCUUUUGUGAUGACAUCUUUGUUGCACCAUGAAAACAGAGCCGGCGGGAGCUAUAACAGCGCAAACAAGAAAGCCAGGAAGAAAUUUGGUGCCACAGCCCCCCCCUAUAUAGACUAUCUGAAACAGAUCUUACGUCGCUACCCAGAUGGUAGUCAAAUCCUGAAGGAGUUGAUUCAAAAUGCAGAUGAUGCUGAGGCCAAAGAAGUGGUGUUCCUGUUCGACGAAAGGUCUUACGGGACAUCGAGCCUAUUCCUGAAGGACCUGAAAUCAUUCCAAGGGCCCGCUCUGCUGGUGUACAACGAUUCGGUGUUCUCGGAGGAAGAUUGGCAAGGAAUCCAAAACACCGGCACCAGCACCAAACGAAACGACCCCAACAAAGUGGGUCAGUUUGGCCUGGGGUUCAAUACCAUCUAUCAUGUCACAGAUUUGCCGACCAUCUUCAGUGGGAAAUAUGUUGGCUUCCUGGACCCGCAAGAGAUGCUGUUUGGCGAGGAGGAGGGAGGGUAUAUAUGGUCACUCGAUGACGCUGAGGACAGAAAAACCCUGGAACACUCCAAAGAUCAGAUGAGGCCAUUCAAAUAUGCCAUGGAGACAACCGGCACCAUCUCCUGGUCCAACGCACUGAAGGAGCACUACUUUAAGGGGACGCUGUUCAGAUUCCCGUUGCGGAGCGAACCCUCGGACAUCUCGGAAAACCUCUACGAUAAGGACAAGAUCUUCGAUCUGUUCGACUCGUUCCAGGCCGACGCGGAGACCACCCUCCUCUUCCUCAGGAACGUCACAUCCAUCUCCGUGAAGCAUGUUGACAUGGAUGGCAACGUCAAGGCGCUUCUCAGGGUCAUAGCCUCCCAGCCGGAGUACAUCCCGUGCUUCAACCACAACCUGAACGUGGAAAACCAGGAAUUCUUUUCCAGCGUGAAAACCUCGACCUGCGUGAGAGCCAUUUCCCAGCAAGCCUCCGAGGACGAGAGCCAGAACCAUUGGCUGAUCACUAGCUGCACGGCCAACGCGGGGGAAUGGGCAAGUCUGGACGAGCUGGCCGAGAAGUUGAGUUACAUCCCGUACGUCGGCCUGGCAUUCCCGCUGAGCCAAGCCGAAACGCUGGAAGCCGGCGGGAAGCUGGAGUUCGAGGGGCGCCUUUGCUGCUUCCUGCCUCUCCCGGACAACGAGAGCAACAAGACGAGAUUGCCUGUCCACGUCAACGCCUUCUUCGGCCUCUCGGACAACCGGAGGCACAUCAAGUGGGUGGAGACCGACCAGAGGUAUGACGAGGUGGCCAAGUGGAACGAACUCCUGAUGCAGAAAAUCCUGCCUUUUGCCUACUGUCGGAUUAUCCUGGACGGGAUCACUCUGGCACAGACAUCGGCCCUGAGACCCGCCUCGGUUUACUAUCUGUGGCCAGAUUACGAGAGGAUGAACCACAAGGAACGUUGGAUCCACAUCAUCUCCAAGACCAUCAAGCGAUUGCUGGAGUUCAACGUCCUGUUCCUGGCAGCCAGCGAGGAGAAGUGGAUCAGGGCCGACAAGGCCAUCUUCUUACACUGCAACGACCAACCUGAGAUGCAGCAGGCAAUUGAGGCCGUGUUGAUCGAGGAAGCACAUCCUCUGGUGAGGGUGCCAAGCCACGUGUUCAAGGCGAUAGAGCUGGCCUGCGCGAACGAUGGCUUAAACAUGGUGUCUCCCGCGUCCCUGAGGAACAUCCUCCAACACUGCGACUUGGACACCAUCCCCUACGAUCAGAAGCUGUUGUUUCUGGAGUUCGCUCUCCGCGAUGGACAAUACCGGGAGCUCAACAACCUCCAGCUCCUGCCGCUCAGCAAUGGGUCCUUUGUCAAGUUUCAGAUCAGCACAUCUGAUGAGCCGGUGUUCACCGAGUCAGAAGCCUUUCCCCGAAUUUUACUUCCCAACCUUGAAAGAUUUUUGCCCGAAGAUCUGAAUGCAACAACCCUGGACCAUCUACACAAGGUUGCCAACAACCAUAUAUUUGCAAACGUCACCUGCCUGGAUGUGGAGCUCGUGAAGCAGUACGUUAGGAAAGUUCUCCCAGAGAACUGGACGCAGAACUCCGGGCGGGUGACGUGGGAUCUUAAGGACUCUCACCAACCUCCGCUGAACUGGAUGGUCGAAUUCUGGGGCUUUCUCUAUAAGAACUGCAGCAGUCUGGAAGACUUCGAAGGGUUGCCCCUCAUCCCAUUAAGUCCUCUCACGCAAUCCCAAAGCAGCAUCCAAUUGGCAAGCUUGUCCAAAAAGGCCACCAUGAUUUUUGAAGGGCAGAACGGAUGCCAAUUGCCCGACGUGAUCAUUAAGAUCAUUACCGGAGUUGGAGGUUCCGUCAUUCAGAGCAGCAGCAGUGACGAUUAUCUAAAGCAUCAACAAUUGACCGAGUACGUUUUGCUACCCAACCCCAGCGGGGUCUUAAAGGUGUUUUUGAACCUCGGAUGCGAUCAAGUGGCAAAGGAGGUGGGCACGAUGGCACUCGAAGACAGAAGGUCGUUGAGGGGUUUCCUGGCUGAAGCUUCUGGCUUUGACGUGGACGAGAAAAACGUCUUGUUUAAGUUGCCCAUCUUCCAACCCAUGCCCUCGCUGAAGUCGGCCAACAAAGGGCUGGUCGCUGCGGCUAGUCACGAAGCCGUGAGCAACGACAUUUUCCCCGAGAUCCCCGAUGACGUCCUCUUGCCAGAGACCGUGCUGAGGUGCGUCGACGAGAAAGACCGGAAGCUUCUCCUGAUGAGAGGCAAGUUACUGACUGCGGCGGAUGUGGGGUUGCUCCUGUGUAAGGGGGUGGAAAGCCAGCGCUAUGAGCCCGAGCAGACUGAGAGAGCCAUGCUGUGGGUACUGAGAUACAGUGAGGUCCUGUUCAAGCAGAAACCAGAGUUGCUUCACAGAUGCAAAGCCUUGAAGUUCUUGACCUCCAAGGACAAAAUGGUGCAAGCUUCCGCCUUGUUCGAUCCGAACAACUCAGCCUUCCAGGACCUCUUCCAGCCGGAAUUCCAGCACCUCUUCCCGUCUCCUGUUUUCUGCCAGGAUGAGAAAGUACUGCAGACCCUCCAGAGACUCGGACUCAAGUGCAAGGAGGAGAAUAUUGGACCGGAUGAUGUCCUGAAGGUGGCCAAGUUGAUAGACAGGCAGCAGAGCCAGCCCGGCGACCUCAGCGAUACGUGUAGAAGAGCCGAGGCCCUGAUCGCUAUCUGCAACCAGACCAGUGUCCUGGCCAACUGUACCUCCCAGAUUAUUGAGCAGUUAUGUUCCUUGCAGUGGGUUCCGAGCUUUUCCAAACUCUCGCCAGAACCCGUUGAGGCGAAUAUAGACUUUCACAAACCUGAAAACUUACGGGACUCAAAGUACAACAACAUUGUCGGCUCUGGCAUGUUACUGACCGACAGGUUUAUAGAAAAGGCUAGUAAGAUCUUGGGUCUGACCAGCCUCCCACCAGCUGAGAAGGUGGUGGAGAAUCUUCUGCUCAUCGUCCAACAGGUGGACACCGUCAAUUAUUCCAACUAUAAUUUCAUGGGGGAUUUGCACACAAUCUAUGGGCACAUGCAGAGGAACCUGAGCCAAUUCAAGGGGCUGCUGAUGGGUGUGGAGAUGCCUUGGGUUUGGGACGGGGCUGGUUUCUCAAGGCCUCAGAGUAUUGUGUUCUCCUAUCCCGAAGGGUUGGAUCUCAGCUGCUACAUGAAGAAAGUUCCUCAGGAGAUCUCACAGUACAGAGAGUUGCUGACUGAGUGUGGGGUCAAAACAGGUUACCCCAGCGAGGAGAUCAUCCUAAUCCUCCACCACGUAAAGAGCAGCCUCGACAAGCUGAACUCCGGCUACGGCAGCUCGAACGAACUGAAGGCGAUCAUUUCUAUCCUCGAUUGGAUGCGCAGGAAAAACAUCGCUCCCAGUGAUGAUCUUCCGGUCCCCGUGUGGAAAGGCAAUCAAGGCGGGUUCUGCUUACAGCCGUUGUCCAACGCUGUCCUGUGCGACAUGAACAAGGAGGCUCUGGACGACGUGAACAGGGAUGGAGAAACUUUCUACGUUGUCCAUGAGGAAAUCAGCCUGGCCACCAUCGAGUGGCUGAACGUUCCUGCUUUGAGUACCCGGGUGCUGAACCCGGAGUUGUUUGGGAUCGAGCAGUACGGACAAGUGGAGCCCUUGAUCCUGAGGAUCAGGAACAUCCUCAAAGAGUACGAUCAGGAGCACGACCUCUUCAAGGAGCUGAUACAGAAUGCAGAAGACGCUGGGGCCACGGUCUGUAGUUUCCUGGUGGACAUGAGACAAAGCAAGGACUCACCUGAAACCCUGAUAGACCCUGGGAUGGCCUCCUGUCAUGGCCCAGCCCUGUGGUCCUACAACAACGAAUGUUUCACCGAAGCGGAUUUUCAGAACAUAACGCGAGUCGGGACGGGAGCCAAGGCCAAACAAGUGGAAAAAAUUGGUAAAUUUGGGCUGGGAUUCAACUCUGUGUAUCAUAUCACCGACGUCCCCUCUAUCCUGAGCGGCAAAUACCUGCUUAUUUUUGAUCCCAAUGUUACUCACCUCAAGAAGCACAUCCUGUCUGCCACCAACCCCGGAAUUAAACUCAAUCUCUACGAACACAGGCGGUUAAUUCAGAGGUUCCAUGGGCAGUUCAACCCCUACAACGGGAUAUUUGGCUGUAAUUUUAAGAUCGCUGCCGGGGAAAAUUUCUACUAUGAGGGGACACUCAUUAAGCUACCGUUCAGGACACCAGAGGAGGCCACAGUGUCUGAGAUCUGCAACAAGUAUUACAACCAGAAGCACAUCAUGUCCUUGGUGGACAGCUUCAGACAAACCUCGAAAGACCUUAUCGUCUUCUUGAAGAACGUGAAGAAGGUCUCGCUCAAGUUCAUUAGCGAGCAUUCAGUCCACGAAAACCAGGUCAUCCCCGUCUUCAAAAUGGAGAGGCAGGUUCUGUGUAUCAUCGAGGUCGCGGACACCUUCCCCAUCAAGAAGAUGCAGGAGAACGCCGUGAGCAUACUGGAGAGCACCAACAAGUUCAACAGGAAGAUUAAGAACUUCAGCACCUCGACCAUCAUCCAGUUCACCGAGGAGACCAUCGACAACCCAAGCCAAAUGAAAUACUGGCUGGUCCAUUCGUGUUUCGGCAUGUCCAAGGCCUUGCAAAUCGCCUGCAGUAAAACCGUCAACACCUACUACGCCCUGCCUCUGGGUAGUGUCGCUGUCCCUCUCAGAAAGCGGAAGGAGACCGGACAUUGGAUGCCAGACACAGAAUCCCCCGUGGGACAAGUCUUCUGCUUCCUCCCGCUGUCUGUCCAGUGCGGUCUCCCUGUCCACGUCAAUGGGACCUUUGCCGUCACCUCGAACAGGAAGAACCUGUGGAGCACCGGCUCGAAGGGAGAUUGGAACCAGGCGCUUUUAGAGGACGCUGUUUCUGCGGCCUACAUCACGUGCGUGGUCCUGAUGCAACAGAUGGCACAGAAGGGGGAGAUCGAAAACUACGACUAUUACACCUACUGGCCCAACCUCAAGAAGGUGGACAAUCAGUUCCGCGUGGUCCUGGAGAAGUUCUACAAAACAGUAGCUCACGGCAUAAGCGGGGUCUCGAUCAAAGCCUUCAGCAACGGCAAGGAGUGGGGCACCAUCAGCGAAAGCCGUUUCCUGGACUCAGUGGUCCUCACUAACAGGAGAGUGGGCGCGGCUGCGGUGAGAGAGUUUGCCAGGUAUCUGCCCAAACCCCUCCUGGCCGUCCAUCUCCCAGACUGGGUCAGGAAGGGCUUUGUGGCCAGCGGCUGUGACAGCGUCAUUGACCAAAACACUUACACCUGGGAGUCGUUUUACAGGGAGAUCGUGUUUCACAACUUGGGCGUCUUGAACCACAAGACCAGGAAUGAUUUUGUGGUCCACGCCAUUGACAUGAGGGAUCUGGCCAUCGACGAGAUGCUGAGGACAACGGCUUGUGUUCCCAUCAGCGGCCGAUCGGAACUCCAGCGUAUCGAGAACCUGGUGCACCCAGAGGGUAAAGUGGCCUGUCUUUACGACCAGGAGGAUGGGAGGUUCCCUGUAGGAACACUGCAGGAUUUCCUGCAUCCCGAAAGGCUGUUGAGGUUGGAAAUGCUAGGAAUGACCAAAGACAAGAUCUCCUUUUUGGAGUUAAUCCACAGAGCGUGGACGGUCAAGGAGAUAUGGAGUCACGACAGGAACAAAGCUUAUCAACGGACACGCAAUAUUUUGGAUCUACUUAAAGACCAAGAACAGUACAACAGUGACAACCAACAAAAGUUACAGAACAUCCCAUUGCUGCCCGCUAUGCUCCCACACAGUCAAGUCAAAAAAGGCCCUGGAGAUAAUAUCGUGUUGGUGAGAGCUGUGGACUUGUACAGCUGUAAAUACCAAGCUCUGGUCAAUAUGACAGAGAUGAUAUUGGACCGCGAUUUGUGCAAAGGCAUGAAAUUGUCCCCAGAAGCCAUCUCCUUCCUGGGGCUGAACAAGCAACCUCCCGUGGAGACUGUGUUAGAGCAACUCAAACAAACCUACAAGUGUAAUAAUCUGGCCGUAAGCGACGUGAAGAGGAUAACGAAGGAAUGUUACAGCUAUCUCUGCAAACAACUGAAGGCAGAUCCUGAUUCCAAGGACAAGAUCUGUCCCUCUGCUCAGGAAUUCCCUUUCAUGUUCGUCAACGGGGAAUUUGUGUCCGUCAAGCUGGUGGCCCGGAAGGUGUCCUUUGAUAUCGGGCCUUACCUCUAUGAGGUUCCCAAAGAGUACAUGGAGUGCGAGGAGCUGUGGAAGUGCCUGGAGAUUAAGGAACGUUUCAGGUUGCAAGACUAUGUCUCCGUCCUCAAGAGGAUGUCGGAAAAGUACGGUAGCUCGAGGUUGUCGGAGAGUGACCUGGCUGUGUGUCUGAGGAUCGUGACCACCGGUUUUAUUGAGGCGUCAGAGGAAGAAGGGAUGGAGUCCUUGGAGGUGCAAAAUGUCCUGCUUCCUGACCAGAACCUGAUCCUGCGCUCUGCCGAAACACUGCAAUACAAUGACACCCCUUGGCUGAUCCUGGGAGAUGAUGUCAACCUUUGCCACCAGCUGAUAGCCAGAGAUACCGCUGUGCGUUUCAACGUGCAGACCACCAAACACAGAGCCUUGAAGAACCUCCAAGUCAGUGACUUGUCUCUUUGGGCCCAGGAGUUUGGUCAGCAGGAGAAAUUGACCGUGAGGCUGAAGAACAUCAUCAAGGCCUAUCCCUCCAAGAAAGACAUCCUGAAGGAGUUGAUCCAGAACGCCGAUGAUGCGGAGGCCUCGGAAAUCCACUUCAUUUGGGACCCCAGGAAGCACGGCCACACCAAGACCUUUGGAGAGGAGUGGAAUGCACUCCAGGGACCCGCGCUGUGUGUCUACAACAACAAGAAGUUCACGGACAAGGACAUCGAAGGCAUUCAGCAACUCGGGGAGGGGGGCAAGCGUAACAAUCCCGAGAAGACGGGUAAAUACGGCCUUGGGUUCAACUCUGUCUACCACCUGACGGACUGCCCCUCUUUCAUAUCCGGGGACGGAAUGCUGUGCAUCUUUGACCCUCAGUUGGCUGUGCUUUCCACAGCCAAGCCCCACUCCCCCGGGGGCAUGUUUGUGGUCAACCAGAAGUUCAAGAAGACUUUUGAAGACGUUUACACUACCUUCCUCCCGUCUUUCUUCAACCUGGAGCAGGGCACUAUGUUCCGCUUGCCUCUCCGGACCGCUGAGAUGGCGGAGAAAUCGGACAUCUCCAAGCAGGCGGUCACCAAGGAGGUCAUCUUGGAACUGCUGGAGGUGCUGAAGGAGAACUCCGACAGCCUCCUGCUGUUUCUCAACAACAUCAAGAAGAUCAGCUUCCACAAGAUGGACAAGAAGGCCAGCGAGAUGCAGGAGAUCUUCACGGCCGAAGUCAAGAUGUCCACAGAGAGCACCAGGGAGCAGGAACAUCUGAAACAGUACAUCAGGAAGUUUACCAGCUCAGCCACACUGGUGACCAGGAUCGAGCCAUACCAGGUCAUCUACGAGAUGGAGAUACGUUCCUCUUGCAAACACAGAACCAAGUGGAUCUUGGCCAACAAGGUGGGCGUCCCCGACGCAGAGGUCAAUGAGUCCGUCCAGGACCUUUGCUGCAACUUGGGUCAAGUGUUACUGCCCCGGAGUUCCGUCGCUGCUUGUGUUAACUGUGACAGCUUUCAGGGGAAGGCCUUCUGUUCCCUGCCCUUGCCCAUAGAGACCGGCCUUCCCGUCCACGUCAACGGGAACUUCGCCGUGGACUUUGCCAGGAGGGACCUGUGGAAACAGGACGGGCAGAGCGGUAAAAUGAAAUGGAAUAACUUCCUGAAGCUCUACCUGAUCGCGCCGUUGUACGCAGAUUUAUUGGACUACAUCCGCAUCACUCUAUCAGGCGGGAGAGCGAGCGUCCUGAAGUUUAACAGUAUGGAGUUGUGCAGGAAUAACAUUGAACCUCAUUACCUCUGGUUCUUCCCUCACGUGUCUGAGUCUGUCCCACAGGAAUGGCAAAUCAUGAUCAACCAGGUGUACAAGUGCAUGUACCAGCGAAAUAUCUGCCUCAUACCUAUCGUCAGGCACGAGAGCAUCCAGUUUCACCACCUGGGGGAGAAGAAGAUCAUUAACAUUACCUGGUCCAGUCUGACCAAAGAGAAACGGGAUGAGGUGCCUCACUUUGUCACUGCCCACGUGCACAGCAAACUGGUUGAAAUCCUAGAAGACAUUGGGAUGAAUCUGGUCCUCCAGUCUGAAUACAUGACCAAAGUCUUCAAAGGUUUGGAAAGAGCGGGGAUGGAUUCGUUGAUUUUGAACCCGGGUUCAGUUAGAAAGUUCCUCCAGAUCCACCCGCUGAACAACCCGGAUCUAACUAAGAGCGGCAUCCCUCUACUCCUCGGUCAAUCCUUGAUCAAAGACGGGACCAGGUGCGUGGCUCUCUUAGACUACUGCGUCUCAGACGUCAAGGAAGGGAAUUACAGCUGUAUAAACCACUUACCUCUCUUAGUCACCCAAGACAACAUGCUGAGAAAAUUCCAGCGUGCCUCUCCCAAAUUUAUCUCUAAAUUCCAGGAGUUAUUUCCCGAAUCCCAAGUCUGCUUCGCCAACUACGACGUCAACAAGAAGUACAAGGACCUUCUGAUGGCUGCUGGCUUUCUGGAAGACUUCACCGUUUUCCGGGCCGAGCAGUUCAUCCGAGACAGACUUGGGUACCGCUUCCAGAUCAACUCCACCGACCCCCAUCUCUGGCUGAACUGGACCGAAAACGAGGUGUUCUUUGACUGGCUGAAGAAACUGUGGAAAUACUUCGAGAGCCAGUUGAGGUGCAACGAAGACGAGAGCGAGAACACCUUUGAGAAGCUGAAGUCCUUAUUUUCGGACCUUGCUAUCUUACCCGUGCUGUGCCCAAGCCACAAUAAUCAACGGCUGCUCGCCCCUCUGGGCUCGUUGAACAGUGUCAUCUGUGAAAUGGCCCAAAACAGUCUCGCCCAGAUUCUGCUCAAACUCGGGUUCGCUAAGAUCUCCUCUGAUUACUUUUCCUUCAAGGUGAUGUUUAACUGCAUCCGACCCAAUUCUCUAAGGACAGACGACAAAACCGCCAUUCUGGAGCAACUGUGCAUACGACAUUUAAGCUGGCACAACUUAAGCGAGUGGGAGAUCGAAACCAUUCUCAGGUUUCUCCAUUCGGGAAUGAAGAGCAGCGAGGAAAAGCAGAAAUAUCAGGAGCAGCUGAAAUCGCUCCCUCUCUUCGAAACCAUGAAAGGGGAUUUCGAAAGCAUCGAGAAAUAUGUCGUCGUCUACAUCCUCACCACCCAAUUCAGCGAAAUCUUCCCCAAUCUGUACGAACUCGACCAUUCGAGUAUCUUUCUGAAGAAGACCAGGAUCAACACGGAAAUGUCUGAAGAUAUAGGGAUUCGGGUGAUCGAUGAUCUGGAGUUUUUCAUGGACUAUAUACUCCCAAAUGUUGAUAAAAUAGCGGAUGAUCAGACGUCAGAUGUCUUACGCCUGUUGUACAACAUAAUCUGCUAUUAUUACCCCUUGUAUGAACUCAAGAAAGAGCAAAUUGUGCUCAGUCUCAAACACAUAAAGUUGAUUGAAGACAAGAGUGGGGUCUUCCAACAGGUAGACUACUUCUACGAAGAUAGUGAGCCCCUCUUCAAGAUAAUGAUUCCCAGAGAAAAAUUUGUGCCCCCGACCUUCUUCAAGGAAAUGGGAUGUGCCGUGGACGAUUCCUACCUGAACAAGUUGCUCAAAGACUUGGGCAUCAAGUGCUCUGUCUCGCCUGACGAUUUCAUUGCUUUUGCCGCUCAAGUCUCCUAUGAGGCCAAACGUUCUACUCCCUUGAAGGAACUCAUCGAGAAAAGCGACGUUUUGAUCUCGUACCUGUGCAACCUGGACGAGGACACCUUGGAGAAACGUUUCUAUGACAAACUGGCCAACAUAAACUUCAUCUACCCCCAUAAGGUCCGGGAUAACUUGCGCGCUUUGCAUGCUCCUUACGCCGAAGGCAGGAACUUUUUGACCUUGAAAAAUUCGCUGGUCAAACAAUGCGAGGAGGACGAGGAGUUGGUGUGGACCUCCAUGCCCAUCCUCCCAUCCAAAUUCAGCCAAACCAAGAACAAGCUGAGUCUAAUGAAGGCCGCUGGAGCCAUCUGCGUUCCUCCGGAGGAUUUAGUUGUCUCCAACCUGAGGAAAAUCUGCCUUGUCCCUUGCAAAACCCCCAGUGCCUCGAAAACCAGGACGAAAGUGCUUCAGAUCACCUAUGGCUUUCUGCAGAGUCGAGCCUUUGACGUGCAGGCGCUGGCAGAUCUUCCCAUCGUCUUGGUGGAGGAUGACACCAAGUUGGUGAGAUACAACCAGGUGGUCUUCUCCUUGCAGAAUUACAACGAGUUCCGGCCGUACCUGUACAGGCUGCCCCCCCUGCUGGCUCCUUACAGGGAGUUCUUCCAGAAGUUGGGAGUUGCCUUGGAGCCAUCGUCCUCACACCUGGCCCAGGUCCUCCGAGCCCUUUAUGAGGAUUGUAAGAAAAUGAACAGUUUGAACCCGAACCAGAUGACGACUGUGAAACGCACUCUGCACCAUCUGUUCUCUCUCCUGGAGUCCAAAGCUGAAGAGAGGUUGCUCGAGAAACUCAGCCCCUUGUAUCUCCCAGCCAGCGACGCUGGCCUGUACGCCUCUGACAGCCUGUGUUUCAAUGACAGGAUCACGACCGACUCCCGAAGAGACGUCGGCGUUCUGAAAGGAAAGUUCACUUUCCUGGUGGAUCUGGGCGAAUGUCACCUCAGCUCCGAUCCCUACAAGCAAAUCAACCUCCUACACUUCCUCCCAGAGGAAAUUCGACCCAAGAUGCUCUCGCAGGUCACGGAGGAACUCCUGAACGAAUCGGUCCUGCAGAUAUGCCCCUAUGGAAACAGCUGCGAGUUCCAGGCUGAGUUUUACAACCUCCUGGUGUCCCCUUAUUUCAUCAACGGUUUAGUCAGCUUAAUCAGAAGUCAGUAUAGCGGGAACUUGACUGAGGGGGAGGUGGUGCACAAGUGUGAAAAGAUCUUCACCAAAAUUCAAGUGAUCUGCUGUCAGAAGUUGGAGACAAUCCUCUGCUCAGGGUCAAAGCAGUUGAGGAACACAAGCAUUGAGAAGCAAGUUUACACCAAGGUGAGUGACACAGGUAACUGUAUGGUCUUCCUGGAGCACAAAGACAACAUGCAGUUCAGCAUGAGAACAGUCAUCAUCCACUCAAUGGCCACGGAAAUCAACCUCCUCCUGAACAACGCCUUGAGCAAAGAUUCCUUGCUGUUCCUCGUCCUGAUGCUGAGCUGUGAAGAUCCACAGGACAUCAAGAAGAUUCUGGAAGACAAGGGGAUUCACACGACCAACCUAAAGCCACAAAGCCCCCUGGACUUACCCAAUCCAGGUGACCCCAUUCCUGAAGAGCUCAUCCACACCUUGGAGAUGGACAUCAUGCACAACUUCAAAGUGGGAGAAUACGUAGGCUACAAGGACACCACCUCUAAUGACUAUGUCUACGCCAUUUUCGUGGAGAGAUUAAGCGCAGAACUGUAUAUCAAGGAUACAAAGAUGCAGAGCUAUAAAAUAAAGAUAGGAUCAGACUCCUACAUUAUUGUCAACAACCUGGACCUCUAUAAGUUCAGCCAACAAAAGAUAUCCGUGGGCGUGUGCGAGGACCUUGUAUUGGUGGAUAAACCACAGAACACGCAACAAGCCACCAGCCAGAAGUACGAAUCCUUCGACAACAUAAAGAGGGAGAUUCACGAAUACCUGAGGGAGAUCAGACACCUUCCCAAGGACGAGAGGCAGAAGGCAAUCCGCAGACUCUACCUCAAGUGGCACCCGGACAAGAACCCAAGCAACACAGAGGUAACUACCAAACUGUGCCACUACAUCCAAGAGAAGGUGAAGGAGCUGGAGAUCGUCAGGGCGGAGAACGAAGGGAGUUCCUCUAACCACAAGGGUUCCUUUUCCAGCAACGGGGAAGAUUUCUCCUCGUUCUUCAACCAGUGGAACAGCGAGGCCUCGAGACACAAGCGUGGCAGGACGCAGUACAAGAAGAGUUACUCGGCCAACGACUUUCGUUUCUGGUCCUUCUCCAAAAGGCCGCGUUCCAACCCCGAGGAGGCUGAGCGUUGGUUCAGACAAGCCAAGUGCGACCUCAUCGCAGCCUCCAACGACCUGGGCUGCACCGACCUGGGCUGUACGGCCACCGAAUGGUUCUAUUUCAAGGUCCACCAGGCGGUAGAGAAAGCCCUGAUUGCCGCGGAGUACAUGAAAUCGGGCAAGUCAGGCUGUGACCACAGCAUUAAGUCCCUGGCCACCCAAGUGUCUGGGUUCAGCACUAAGCUGGCAGACCUGGAGAACCUGGUCAACAAGCUGAAGGAACGUGGUGUGGACAGUAAGAAGACCCAGUAUCCGAGCUACCACACCCAGCCACACGUCCCAAACGAUCAGUUCAAGGCGGGUAACGAAGAAGAGGUCCUUAACUUAGCGCAAAUGGUGUUGGGUAAAAUCGAGGAGUACAUCUCCAAUAAAUCGUAGUGCCCUCCGUGUUGACGUUAAUCAAUCCUGUUUACGGUGAAAAUUAAAGCUGAUACGACCUUUUAGCCUCCA